AUGUCUGCCAGUCGCAGAGUUAGCAUGCGGUUAAAUGUAGAUGUCCCUGUGGAUACUGAGUUACAACAAGGUUGUAUAUGGCUUCAGGCAAGAGGAUCCGCUACGGAAGCGUCGGGCAUAGAGGAUGUACGAGGGUCUUCAGAGGAGGUUCCUACCGGCAGAGCUCAUUUUUUUGCCAGAUUAAGUUUCAUUAUCCUACAGACAGUACAAAAUUUUCUACUCCAUGCUUUUAGUAUCUUAGGAGUUCAGCUCUUUGGAGUUCGCAGGUUGGUGUUGCUCAACAAUGGUAAGAUGAAUUGGAUAAUCUUGCCUCUUUGA